UUCCCAGCGAUCCCAGUUAAGUUUCAGCAGACCAGUAAGUCCCACCAUUACCUUUAUCUGAAGGAGCACAGAGUGCGAUCUGAGAACAACGCCAGGCGGCCGCUGGACAGGACUCUCUUUGUGCUCAACAUCCCCCCCUAUUGCCCGGAGGAAUGUUUGUAUCGGAUUCUGUCCCCUUGCGGUGUGAUCCAGUCCAUAGAACUGAAGGAGAAACCAGGCCCGGAACCGGAACCAGAACCAGAACCAGCGCCGUCCAAACACUUCAGAACCCAGAGCAGAAAGGGGUUCCUCGUGGCUUACGUAGUUUUUAAGAAACCGUCCGGUCUGACGGCCGCCAAAAAACUGAGACCAAAAGACGCCAUCAUUCUGUCGACGGAGAAACACCCAAUCAAAACAGGCCUGCAGAGGUGGGUGGAGCAGUACAGCAGCGCCUCCCUUGUGCAGGCUGAUGAACUGCAGGCUGAAGUGGACGCUUUCAUGCAGGUUCACGACAAGAGAGUGGCAGAGGAGUCCGCUCGCCUGGCGGAUGGAGACGGGGUCCCGGACGCGGAGGGCUGGGUGACGGUGACCCGAGGUGGGCGUCGCCCAGCCCUCCCCCGCACCGAGGCGGCCAAUCGGAGAGUCCUGGAGGCGGAGCGUCGGAGGAGAGCCAAGAAAGAGCUGCUCAACUUCUACACCUGGCAGCACCGAGAGAGCAAGAGAGAGCACAUCGCAGAGCUGAGGAAGAAGUUUGAAGAAGACAAGCAGAGGAUCGCACUGAUGAGAGAGCAGAGGAAAUUCAAACCUUACUGAGAGAGAGAGGGGAGAGCAGAGGAAAUUCAAACCUUACUGAGAGAGGGGAGGGAAGAGGGAAGAGGGAAGCGAGAGGAGAGGAGGGAGGAGGGAUCAACAGGAUGGUUCGGUAACCCUCGGCAACGCCCCCCCUGUGGCACCCUCGUCCGCACCUGCCUUGCAACACAAUGUUUUCUUGUCGUGAUUGAUCACUGUCACAACAAUAAUAAUAAUAUCGAAAACGCAUUUAAAAAAAUCAAACCCAAAAACAGCAGCUCGCUGCUCUGCCGGCACGAUUCUGUUUCUUUAUUGUUUCCUUGUUAGUAAUUCUUUAGACCCAAGAAAAGGAGAUUUAAAAAAAAUAAUAAUAAUAAUUUUAUACAAUUUUUUGUUCCUGUUUUUGUUUGAGUGUCAAAGCCUGAAAUAAAAGACUCAAAUAUA